CGACAGGACGCCAACUACGCCUGCGCGCAGUUCUGAGGGAGGCGGAAGUGCGCACGCGCACGGGCUCCAGUCAGCGGUUAGAUGGAUGGAGUCUUCACACCGGCGGUCGCUGCAGCACUUGCCGCGCUCCGGCCCCGACCAGUCGCACCCAAGAGGUAAGAGUUCCAGUCCCGUUCGGAUGGAGCCAGACAUCAACCCCCAGGAUGAGAAGCAGCAUCGGAAAAGUACACCAAGAAGAUCUUCACAAGUCCCACGAGAAGACUUUGAUGGUCCUCCACCUCCUCCUUUUAAGCCUCUGUGUCCGGCCAAACCCUCCCCCAGUUUUCUGGAACUCCCGUCAACUCAGUGGAAGCCCAGCUCAGGCCUGCCAUAUACCCAGACAGCUCGGAUCGGGAAGGGAAAGAGACAUUUCUCCCCUGAACAUCAGCCCCAGGAGUGUUUCGGCCUGCUGGAGUGCAUGCACAACAACAUCCAGACACAGACGCAGAUCGCACAGGCACAGCUCUCCCUCCUCGAAGACAUGCGAGAGUCCAUGAACAUCCUCCUUGCCAGGCAGGAGAAGCAAAACCAGGAGCGCCUGGGGCAGCCAGAUCAGCGCACCACAAAGGGCUCAGCCUCCUCUCCCAACCCCGCCAGCUAGCAGCCUUGGCACAUGCCCUCCUGUCCAACUCAAAGCUCUCAGUCUCCCUGGAGCCACGGUAGCAAACCUCACGUCCUCCAGAUAUUUUGGGUGACAAUUGCGGCAAUCACAUUGGCUGGGGUGGAUGGGCAUUGUGGUCCCACACAUCUGGAGGGCUGCCAGGUGGGUAAAAGCUACCCUAGAGCAACUGUAUACCUAUUCCUACCACACUGCGACAAUAUACAAUUUCCGUAGAUUAGCAAUGCUUGUAAAAUUUGAUUUCUCUUUCUGCGCUGGCUGGCAGUAUUAUGUGGUGUGGGAAGAGACAGUGAUUCA